AUGGUAGGUACCUUACUUCUAUUACAAAGUGUUUGUAUUUUAUUGAAGAUGUGUGUUAUCAGUGUGAGUCUGAUUAUGUUCUGUUACAUGGAAAGUGUUACCAAGGCGCCAUCGCACAAAGUGAUAAUUGUGAAUUGUUAUCACCAAUUGGAUGUCUUCGAUGUGCAAAGGGGUAUUACACUGACAAAGAAAACAAGUGCAGCAAAUGCAACACAAAGUGCACUGAAUGUACAGAGAACUCUGAGAAGUGUCAAAGUUGCAUCACAGGCACAGUCCUCUCAAAUGGGAAGUGUCUCACCAUUUUUGCACUUGAAGGGAUUUGUACUUCGUAUGAUGCGAAUGGGCAAUGCUCGCAGUGUAUUAAUGGAUAUAGUACUACUAGUGGAACUUGUGUGA